CUGAGCCGCUUGAACGUUUUUAUUAUUAUUAAUAUAUAUUUAUAUUUCGUUUUCAUUUACAAGUUUUCCACGGUUCAUAAUUUUAAUAUUUUUAUACCGUUUUAUACAACAAAGUGUUUAUAGAUAGGCGUAAUUACAACAUAAACAUUUUAAACCUUAAAAGUAAUAAAUAAAAAUUCGGCUACCGGAUAUAUGUUUCGGAAGUAACGCGGGCGAGGUUUAAGUUUGUCACCAAGUUUACUGACGCACGAGUUUGACAGUUGGCGGAUUCGAAUUUUAAAAUUGACGUUUAAAUUACAACAUGGCGGACUGUGUGUUUGUCAGCGUGUCCGCCGGGUUCGUCGACCUCGUCGUGUCGGAGAAUUAGGAUGCUCAACUUUCAGAACAUUUGACGUCUGCUCUAUCCAUGCGGCGGUGACGCGAUGUCAGUGGCGCCGGCGGUGAAGCGCGAGGUGGAAUUGGAGAACGGCGGCGGCAGUCCGGGGCGCAAGCGACGCAAGCAGGCGGCCCCCUCCCGCGCGCCCCCGCCCGCGCCCCCUCCCCUAGACCUGCACGCGAAGAUGGCAGAUAUUUACAAGAGCGCUCUCGCCUUUGGAGAGCUCGCGCUGCCGACCUUCGACCCGCUCGCCGCCUUCCGCCUCCUACCGCGACACGAUCCACCGCGCAUCUUCAAUCCGGAAGCCUACUGUGACCUCUGCUGUAAGGAGUUCUGCAACAAGUACUUCCUUAAAACGCAUCGCGCCAACAAGCAUGGUAUCUACGACGGCAACGAGCCUCAACCGGCCGCACCUCCUCCUGCGCAACCCUCACCUCCGCGGCGUGCAUCCGACGAGGAGUCUGGCGGCACUCCACGGAGGCUGUCGCCUGAUUCAGCGCGACGUGCUCGCGAAGCCGGCUUCCAACCCGACGUGCUGCGAAGGCUCGGAGUCGUCAACCCUGAAGCGUUCUGCGAGAUAUGCUGCAAGGAGUAUUGCAACAAAUAUUUUCUGCGGACGCACAGGGAAAGAAGACACGGGGUUCCACUGAUGCACUCAUUGUCGAUGGAGCAUUCUCCACCGUCAAUCACUCCGCCUGGAGGACAGUUGAUCACCUCGCUCAGCACGCCCUUGGGUACACCGCUGGGCACACCGCUGGGAACUCCACUACCGCCGCCGCUAAAUACGCCACCUGCUCUGCCGGCUCCACCGCCUGAUACGCCACCGCGGUCUCAUUCGCUCCCGCCACCGUUCGACACUGAAGAGAUGGCGGAGGUAAAACGAGAGUGCGAAGACGAUUUUGAGGCAGUACUUCGCGACGGACAGACGAGUCCUCUCAAUCUCAUCGUAGAGGAGCGAGGCGCCGCGUCCCCGGGCUCCGCCAGCGAAGAACUCCGCAAGCUGCAGACGAUGAUAUCGCAGCUGAACGAGCUCGCGGCCGAGAGAUUAGCAGAAGACCCGGGAGAAGGCGGAAUGCGGCCCCCUUCAGCCUCGCCGCCCCCGCCCGACGAGCGCCGAGCUUCAUCAUCAGGAUCGAGUUUCUGUGAAAUAUGCAACAAGGAGCUGUGCAACAAAUAUUUCAUGCGCACUCACAUGCAGCGCAUGCACGGCAUCUCGCUUGAGAGCGGCACACAGCUGGGUGGCGUCACGUGUGACAUUUGUCACAAGGAGCUUUGUAGUAAAUAUUUCCUACGUGUACACAAGCAUAACACGCACGGCAUCCCGGCACCGCCCGCCCCCGCCACGUCUGCGCCCGCGGAGCCGUGCCCGCUGUGCGCGCGGAGGUUCCGGGGCCCGCGUGCACUGCGCGCCCACUUGCUCGCAGAGCACGCUCCGCCCGCGAGACCGCCGCCCCCGCCCCCGCGACCGCUAGACCUGCUGGCGAGAGACAAGCCCUAUGCGUGCUCAUACUGUCCGUUCACGACGGACGUUCUCGCGUUUUUGUUCGCCCACGAGCGCGCGCACGCCCAGCAACAACAGGCGGCGAGCGAAGCGGCGGAAACGCCUUGCGAAGUUCAGAUCGGAGCGGGCGAGCCAGAGGGCGGCGAACACAAGGCGGAGGCGGUGGACGAUAUCGAGGGCGAGGCGGACGCGUCGUACUCGUGUUCACGCUGCUCGUUUCGUGCGGAAGGGUUCGCGGCGCUGGAGGCGCACCUGAGGGCGGCGCACGGCGGGGCGGGCGCGCUGCUGGCGGUGCCGCGAGCCCCGCAGGCGCCGCUCACGAUGCAGCCCUUCGUGGUGGAGGAGGCGGGCGGCGCACUGAGCCUGGUGCCGUCGCUGGUGUUCCUGCCGGUGCGGCGCCGCGCCACCCGCCGCGCCACCGUCACGCUGACGCUCACGCCGGCCUAGCCGCGAGCCCAUCCCGCGGCUGCUCUCGACUCUACUCACUACAUUUAACGCUGUGUGCCUUCAAGCGAUUGCUGAAAAAAUAUAAUGAGACGUAAUAAUUGUAAUCGGAGAAGCUGUCCGCGGCCGCCCGCUCGAGCGCCACACCGCGCGGCGGCCCCCGGCCUCUGUUACUGUCAGAGUCUGACUUCAUAUUAUUGAGAAUUAUAUUAAACGGGUGAUAUAAUGUGAAACGUUGCCGCUUUUAAAUUCGAUUAUUUAUUAUUAUCUCCUGGAUGUUCCGUCGGGUCGGUCCGAGACGAGUUUUUGAAACGUCGAUUUCGAUCGGGAGAAGAAAUACACCGUAGUAUGUAACUUAUUAUUGGAAGGUUUGUAAUGCGCGGGUGCGCUCGGGUAGUGUUAGCGCAAGAUGUUGAUCACCGCUGCCUCGCGCCGCCUCUCACUGCGGGCCCACGGGCUACACACUAGCUGUUGGCGACCCAUACAUUUGAUUAUAUUAUUAUUGAAACGUUAUAUUUUGGAGUUACAACGACACAAACAGCGCCGGACGGAGGCCGCGCGUUCCCUUAGCUACUCGAUACUAUUUAUUGUUGUCGACGAGUGACUUAAGCACAAAGAUACGUACUAUUGGGCAGUGAUCAACAUUAACGUAAUAUUAGUAUUAAAUUUGAUUAGUUAGGUGUCGAUGGGGCCCGGUCGGUCGAGUUUAGUUGUGAAACACAUCGCUCAUACGGGUCAUUGUUAGCGGGUGCGGUGGCGGGCUCAGCUCGUCCCGCGCCCCUCCUUCGGGCCGGGCCUCCAUUCAUACUUAUUUACAUGUAAUCGAUAACAUUAUAUGUUACUUAAGCGAUCCCCGGCUCCUUCGGUCCCCCGCGGCGACAAUCUACCUCACAAAAGUACAAAUAUUAGAAUUAAUUAUAUAAAUAAACACUAUUUUAAGACGCUACGAGUAAUAUAUUGGAUUAAUGUUUAAACUAAGCGAACCGUCUACACCAUUAAAAGACUGACUAUGAGUUAACAAGUUCUAUGCGCGGGGGACCAGGGGGUCGGGGACGCGGCCACUGUCUUGUUAUCAACACUUGUUUGAGUAAUGAGGAAAGUUUGUUUUAAAUAAUUAAAUAUUCGGUAGUUGAGUGUGGAGGUUAGCUUGUACAAACGAUGCAGCUUCUAAAGAAAGUUCCUAUGUAUGUACGUAAGAUGUAAUUUAAAUUUAAUGAAAAUAUAUAGAGGUCGUUAUCUUGGCGGUUCCGCGUCGUUUACGGGGCGAAAUUCGGUUUUCUAGGGAAUUAUAAAUAUUGUGAUCGGAAACCAGGAUUAGUCUCGUCAUACAAACGCUUUUAUAGAUUUCUAGCCGAGUUCCUAAACGUUGCAAAGCUUCACAAUUUAUAGGUUACGAUUUUUUCGACCCAAAAUUAUUUAUUUGGUUUAUUGAAAAUAUAUUAACCGCGCUAAAUGUAUGCGAAAUAAAUUUUUGAACUCAAAUUAUCAAAUCACAAAAUCCAUUUACGUUCAUUGUAUUAACUUAAUUUCGGACUUAAUGCAAAACUAUACUUAUAAUCUCAAGUUACUAAACAAAGUUACUAAUUAUGAAAAAAAAAAGUUCCUAUUUAUUCUUCCAUAAAAAUGUAUUUGUUCACUACAUUAACAAACAUAUUUUUUUUGUAAUAUCAAUAAAGCUAAAUACAUUUACUUGAAACUUUAUACCAGAUUAUGCAGGUAAAACUUUAAAAAAAAAUCAUAAAAUAUGUAAAACUUAAUAUGACAUUAAUUCAAAUAAUUCUUUUUUCGGAACAAUUAAGGUAUGAAAAUUUACCACGGCUUAAAUGACAUAAGGCCGAAUUAAUUACUUUAGUAGGGCAAGCCAAUGUGAAGAAUACAUAGACGUUCUAAUUCUGUCUAUAAACCCAUUUUACAAACUCCAGCAACAAUAAAUAACAGAAAACUAACCUAACUUGAUUAUCAAUUAAGAACAGAACUUAUUUAUUAGACAAACAAUUACAAUACAACCCUAUUAAAAUUUAAUAUCGGAAUUGAUUCAAUUGAAAACAACCAAUAAAAAUACAUAACACGUAAUUAAAACUACACUUCAAGUUUAUAAUCACGGAUGGUAUAUAAUGAAUACUGUAUAAUAUUCGAAACACUGGAAUCAAUAUGAUGAGAAGAAAAACGCGACGUUAAAUGCUAAAUGUAAUUUUGACUAUACAUACGACACACGAAAGCUGAAAAAAAACAUAAUAAAUUUUAAAUUUCAAUAACCUUCAAUCUAUAAAAUUGUUUCUACAAA